AAAAGAGAAAAAAGUGUGUGUAAGUUAGUGACUGAGUGAGUGGGUAAGAGAAAGAGGGAGAGACAGGGAGAACAGAGAGAGGGGCUGUGGGGGAAUCCAGGUCAUCCGAGCAGCACAGAGGUGCACGUCUGAUGGAUAGCCUUCCAAAGCAGACUCUGACUUCUCUCCUCACUGCUGCAGAGGUAUUUCGAGUUCUGCGGAGAUUGCUAGGAUAAAGAAAAAGUUGUUUGAAAAACAAACCGGAACUGUGUCUUCCGCUGAUAGCGACAGCCGCUCGCGACGCUCUCUCCCGUGUGCGCGCUCCUCCAGAUGUUUCGCGUCUCGCGAGGGAAUUCAUUGGUCUUUUAAAAAGGAGAACACGCUCUGUGACAUGUCUGCCUUUGCUCCUGCACGGCUACCCGCUCGCACAUAACCGACUGUCAUGGAACCCAUUUAAUUGGUCCCUGACACCAGCAGUGGAUAAAAGAAGAAAGGUUGGAAAAGGAAAGAAGUGGGUUCAGUAAAUGUUCGUUAGUGGCGCCCGUUAAGAGAGGCGGUUGAGAAUGGAGUUGGCCGCUUUCCUGCCGCUGCUCUUUGUCAGGAUGAGUUUGUUUGCGCUCUGGAAUGCGAGCCCCUCGCGACAGACCCAGCGCGAGGAGUACAACAGCGAGAACGUGAUUGACCUGCUGGAGGCCUUGAAUGUGACCCGUGGCGGAGUGAGGGGUGUGACAAAGGUCAAAGGGCAGGAGGCGGGGCUUGUGGCUUGGCGUUUCCGCUCGCGCACCCCCCAUCUGAUGUUGCCACGGGAGCACACCCUCUACCUGCUAACCUCUGCCCGUGGCUCACUGGGCCUGCACCUGAUUGGUCAGCAGGCUCGUCAAUCCACGGCAACGCUGCUGUCGCUGAUGUCCCGUGGCCAAAUGCUGCUACGGCUCGUCUCCUGCACACGCUCAAACACUCUCCGUCUCGAGUACCCCCCACACACACGCUCACACUCGGACACGCACACACACACUGACACAAACACACACAGCCUUCUGUUGCCAGGUGGGUCUCCUUUUACAGGUGGGGGCUGGGUGCAGCUCGCUUUGGGGUUGGAGGCCCAAAGGGUGGCCCUAUUCACCGACUGCAGAGAGGAAAUGGUAGUGGAGUUGUCACAGCCUGAUGAGGUCAUCAACCUGCGACUGCCACUGGACCUGCAGGUUACCUUUGCCAGUGAGGCAAAAGAGCCCAACAGCAAGUUCAGUGGCUCCUGGCUGACAGCAGAGAUCUCUACCCAUGCAUAUCGGAGGCGUCCAUGGUCUUGUCCAAAUCUCACAGAACCUGUCCCCCCUCCUACUCCGAGGAGUGAGACGGUUCUGAUGGUGGGUUCCACUCCUCCCAUCAUGCUCUUGGAUGAGAGUGUGGGCGUGGCUAAUGACCAGCCCCAGCGAGUCGUCCUGGGGGCACCAGGAAGAAGAGUGCAGUCCUCGGCACUCACACCUGUGAAUUCACAGACUGACACACACACCAGCCACGGAGAGCGCAUCAGCAGAUUAGAGGAACGCCUAGAUGGAGUUAGCACCAUGCUGCAGAUGCUUAAGAACCAGAAUCUGGAGCUUACUGAGCGUGUGCGUUACCUAGAGUCGUGUGAGUGUGUCAGGCGUGUGUGUGUGUGGGAAGGUGUUGAGGUGGAAUCAGGAAAGAGCUGGACAACUGACACAUACUCUCAGUGCACCUGCACCAAUGGACAGGUCCACUGCACCUCUACUCAAGACCCCUGCUCCUCAGCUCCAUGCCUGAAUGGGGGCGUGUGUGAGGUCACGACCUCUGACCUUGGCUUCGUCUGCUCCUGCCCUCCCUCUGCGGAGGGCAGACUGUGUGAAAAGCCACUUCCCACUGUCUCCACACAGGCCUGUUUCAUGCCCGUCCUAAAGGGCAGGUGUCUGGAGAGGGCGGAGCCUGUUCAGCGUUGGUUCUACAACCCUCCCUCCUCCUCCUGUGAGCCUUUCCUCUUUAGUGGCUGUCAUGGCAACAGCAACAACUUCCUCACUCGGCAAGCCUGCGAGUCGCGGUGCAUGAUGGGAGCCUGCUGUUUUCGCCUCACUGGCACCGAUCACAGUCUUCAUAGAGACCAUAACUCCUCCUCCAUCCCAGAGCCCACUGCUUGGGUGCCUGAGUGGGUGGGGCCUGGUCUGAACGCAUCGUUGGGGGCGUUGCAGGGCUGUGACAGGGGACCAAUCAGCUGCGAGCGCAUGUCCGUCUCGCAGUGUCAGCAGAAGGGCACAGCGGUCAGCUUCUCUCCCGGACGCCUCUGCCUUUCCACAGGGUGUGUGUGGGCGCGCACAGAGUGUGUGUGUGUGUUCAAUGGGCGAUCGUUCAGACCGGGGGAGGCCUUUGAGGCGGGUUGUGAGGCGUGUGUGUGCACCUAUCGGGGGGUCGUUGAGUGCACCUGCAGAUUGCCACAGCCACGCAAGGAAAUACGAGACCUCAGCCAAUCAGAGAUGAGAGAAUACCAACAUGCUGUGCAAGCACUCUACCUCCAACCAGACGGUUGGGCAGAGUUCACUAGGUUGAGGGCGGAGUUUGUUCCCGAGGCAAACGGGCGAGGCUCCUUCCUGCCGUGGCACCGGUACUUCCUGUGGAGUGUGGAGCGUGCUCUAAGGAAUGCCUCGUCCUGCGCCAUCUCCGUGCCCUACCUGGAGUGGACGGUAGACGCUGGCGCUCUGGAAUCUUCCACCGCCUGGCAGGCCAACGUGUUUGGGGGCGACGGUGACCAACACACUGAAUGUGUGUGGCUCCACCCUUUCGAGCCCGCCAACCGCCGCUGGUUGCCAUGCUUACGACGCCGCUUCAACACCAAUGUGUCCGUGCCUGACACCAUCACGAUGCAGCUGAUCACCAUGGAGACAGACUUCCUGCGCUUCUCCACACGUCUGCAGGCGGCGUCCAGCCUCUUCCUGCUCUGGGUCGGAGGUCACAUGUCCACACCCCUCUGUGCAUACGACCCUGCCUUCCUGUCCCAUGCGGCAUUCGUGGACCGGCUGUGGGAGCAGUGGCAGGAGCGACGGGCCCUGGCAGCGGCCACCUCAGUGGACGCUGGGGUGUCCGACACAGAGCUGUACCCAGAGGAACUGCGCUUCGCUGGGCUGGAGCCCUUUGGAGUCACCCUGGAGGACGUCCGGCUCUCCGGGCAGCGUCUAUGCACCGUCUACAUCCCCAUCACACUGGGCUCCCCAUGCAACCGCACUCACACACACAAACGUGCCUCACACACACACAGAGCAGACACCCACGCCUCACACUCACACACGACAGAUGCUCAUGGCCCUUACACACACACACUUAGAGGAGGAGUGGAGGAGGAGGAGAGAGUGUUUGACAAGCGAGGUUUUGAUGCUGAAGGCUAUGACCGGAGCGGCUACGACAGUAUGGGCUGGGAUCGCCAUGGCUUCGGCAGGGACAACUACAACCGCGACCAUGUGGAUCACCAAGGUUACGACAGCUUUGGGUUUGACCGCUACGGCUUCAACCGGGCCAACCUGACGGCCUUUGGCAUGCAGCGCGAUGGCAAGCUCCUGCUGACGUCACCCGGGAACCAUCUGCUGGACCAGCUGUUUCCGGAUGGGUUUGGUCACUAUGGCUACAGUGCUUUCGGGCUGGACCGCUACGGGUUCGAUGCGUUUGGCUUCAGCAGGGAGGGAGUGGACCAGGACGGCUGUAACUUCUUCUUUGGUGGGCCGCACUACCUGCGGUUCUACUUCCACGCUCUCAUGAACAUCAGCCUCCUCCCGCCCCACGCGCUCACUGACACCCACCGCAUCUGCCCGCCAAUCAGCCCCCUGCCCAGCCACUGGGCUAAUCAGAACUGGGUGGGUGUGGACUCACAGGAGAGCCGUGCCCUGAUUGGUGAGCUGGCUAAGGAAUGGGCCAAUCAGAGGCCUUUUCAGCAGGACUACAACCCUAAUGUGUCACCUGUGAAGAAGAGUGGUCUCUGGCUCCCAGUUACUCCAGACCUCAGAUUCUGCUUUGCAUGGCAGUGGUACUCUGGUUGUCCUCUUGGCUCCGCCCCUGUGACCUGCCCUGACCUCUGUCAGUCUGCUCGUUGCCAGGGGCAACCAGGCGCCGUGUGUCGUAUGAACACAUGUGGCUCCUGCCACACCCAGUGGGUGGAGCCUAACAGUGGCCAGCCAAUCGAAUUACAUUACAUGCUGCCACACAAUUUACACACACACACACACACACACACACACACACACACAUACCCACAAACACCCACACACUGCCACAUAUUGCUCACAUUUGAAACACAUGCUUUAGGUUUGGUGGAGAUCAAGGUUCUUCUUACACUGCUUCAUCCUGAGGGUCGCAGAAGAACAACCCCCCAUCUCUCUCUCUCUCUUUCUCUCUCCUACACACACACACACACACUCCACUAUGUUAAAAAAGUACCCAUAUCUAAGUUGCAGCUGAAUUGUGUUGCAGAGUGUGUGUAUGAUGGUAAAACCUACAGGACCGAAGAGGAGUAUAAACCUGACAGCUGUUCCUCAUGUCUGUGUAAGAAUGGUCAGAUGAACUGCAUUAGGGUGAGCUGCUCCUCACUCCCCUGUCGAGAUCAGAGUAUACCAGAGGGGGAGUGCUGUCCUGUCUGCCGCUCAGGUUGUGAAUAUGAAGAGGCAUGGCAUGAUAACGGAGACGUGUUUGUGUCUCGGGCCAAUCCCUGUGUGAACUGUUCCUGCACUAAUAAUCGGGUGAAGUGUGUUCCCAUCCAAUGCCCUCGUCCUCGCUGUUCAAACCCAUUCCAACCCCCAGGAGAGUGUUGUCCUGUCUGUACAGCCUGUGACCUGGAUGGUCGACCCCAUAACAAUACCAUAAUCAGCACACUUGAUGGAUGCCAGACCUGCACUUGUCAGGGGGGGAAUGUGGUGUGUACAGGUGUGUCUUGUCCUACUCUAGAUUGCUCUCUGGUAGAGACCGUUGGAGGAGUUUGCUGUCCACGAUGCAGAAGCUGUGUGUUGGAUGGUAUCUGGCACGAGCAUGGUUCACAAUGGAGUCCAGACAACCCCUGUAGUGUGUGUACCUGUGUGGAGGGGCAAGUUCGCUGUGAGAGGCAGGAGUGUAGCCCCCCCUGCACCUACCCCUCCAGUCCCCGCCCCGGAACAUGCUGCCCUGUCUGCAAUGGUUGUGGUGUAAACGGACUGGACUUCUUAAAUGGUGACCGUGUGCCAAGUGGAGAUCGAUGUGAGGAGUGUGUUUGUGUGAAUGGAGACCUGCACUGUAAGCUCCUCCCCUGCCCAGCCACACCCUGUCCUCAUCCAAUCAAGCGAGCCGGAGAGUGUUGCCCACGUUGUGAGCAGUGCGAGUAUGAAUCACAGGUGUAUGCUGAUGGCCAGACCUUUCCAUCCAGAACAGAUCCCUGUCUAAGCUGUCGCUGUUCGGUAGGUGAGGUGGAAUGUGAUCGCUUGGACUCUCAGUGUCCUGAUAUCCGCUGCACCCACCCAGCUAAACCACAAGGACACUGCUGUGCAUCCUGUGAGAUGUGUGAGUAUGAAAGGCGGCAGUAUGUAGAUGGGAAGGUGUUUACUCCACCAGGAAGUGGUCCGUGUGUUCAAUGCACCUGCAAGAGAGGAAGUGUGAGAUGUCAUAAGCAGAGAUGUCCUCCUGUGUCUUGUGCAAAUCCCAUCAGGGACCCACAACUGUGUUGCCCUGUGUGCAAAGUUUGUUUGUUGGAUGGCGUGGAGCUGGAGGAGGGCUCUGAGUGGAAGACAGACUGUAGCCGGUGUGUGUGUAAGGACGGAGAGGUGGUGUGUCGCUCCGCACACUGUCCCCCCAUCACCUGCCAGCACCCCACUAAAACCAACGGUGAUUGUUGUGCUUCGUGUGACCGCUGCACAUAUAACAACCGUAUCUAUGAGAACAGUCAAACAUUCACUGACCCCGAGAACCCCUGUCAAAGGUGCAUGUGCCAGGAUGGUUCAAUGGAGUGUGUAGUGAUUGACUGUCCCCAGCUCACCUGUUCCAAGCCGUAUAGGACGCCUGGACAGUGCUGCGCUCAGUGCCCAGAUUGUGAUUUCGAGAAUCGUGUGUUUGUGAAUGGCGAGCAGUUCCCUAACCCAGUGCACCCGUGUGAGGACUGUGUGUGUUUGGACGGAGCGGUGGAGUGUAAGAACCACCAGUGCCCCACGCCCACCUGCCAUCACCCACUGCCAGCCUCCUGCUGCCAGAACAACUGUAAUGGAUGUAGUUAUGCUGGUAAAGAAUAUCCCAAUGGUGCAGAGUUCCCUCAUCCAACAGACAAAUGCAGAACCUGCCACUGUAUUAAUGGGAAUGUUCAGUGUCUCAUGAAGAGAUGUCCAGCUCUACACUGCACACUGCCUCACAGCGUACCAGGAGAGUGCUGUCCCCAGUGUCCAGCACCUCCUGCAAACUGUGUGUAUGUGGGUCAGACAUACAUGCACAGCCAGCGCUUCUAUCACCCUACUGACAGCUGUCAGUCAUGCUCCUGCACCAAUGGGACAGUGAGCUGUGUGCGCAAGCCCUGCCCCCCAGCCCUCUGUGUUCACCCCAUUCAACAAGACUGCUGUCGCACGUGUGACGGCUGUCUGUAUGAUGGGAGAGAGCACCCGAAUGGGGGGGUGUUUGCGGACAUAUCAGACCCGUGUGGACUGUGUGUGUGUCGGGAGGGAACGGUGACCUGUGAGAGGAAACGCUGUCCUAUGGUCACCUGCCCGUUCCCCAUACAGAGAGAGUGCUGCCAGAGCUGUGAUGGGUGUCUGUAUGUUGGAGUGGAGUACCAGAGUGGCCAGGAGUUUGCAGACCCCGCCUCCCAGUGCAACGUGUGUGUGUGUGUGAACGGCAGAGUCAUCUGUAACCCAAAGCCCUGCUACAACCCUGGCUGCACACACCCAGUAACAUUGCCUGGACAAUGCUGUCCGGUGUGUGAUGGCUGUUCCUAUGACAACACAGUGAUGCUGGAUGGACAGGUGUUCCCAGAUGCAAGAGAUUCCUGCUCUGAAUGCACCUGUCGGAGAGGAUCAGUGCAGUGCUUGAGGAGGGUUUGUUCCACUGCUCACUGCCCCCAUCCUGUUAGCGGCCCAUGUGACUGUCCUGUGUGUGAAGGUUGUGUGUUCCAAGGCGGGGUGUACGUGGAUGGUCAGAGCUUCUCUGCUCCUAAGGCUGACUGUGACGUUUGCACAUGCUCAAAAGGCAGAGUGACCUGUGUUCCUCGAGUGUGUGCAAAGGUGUCAUGUCCUCACCCUGCGUUGGACGGCUGUUUGUGUGGAGUGUGUGAGGGCUGCCGGUUCCAUCAGCGUAACUGUGGCAACGGAGAACGCUUCCCACAUCCCCAGGACCCCUGCCAACGCUGCACAUGCCUGAAUGGCGGUGUGACGUGUGUGUCAGUCUCGUGUCCGGCAGUAGCGUGUGCUCGGCCAGUGACCCCUCCUGGAGAGUGUUGUCCUGUGUGCACAGGUGUGUGUGAGCACCAGGGAAACGUGUAUGACAGCGGGAGCACCUUCAGAGACCCCAAUGACCGAUGCACCACCUGCACAUGCCUAAAUGAAGUAGUGUCAUGCCAGAGGAAACCCUGUGCCAAGCAGUGCACACACCCUGCAGCAACUCGAGACUGCUGUCCAGUGUGUGAGGCGUGUGUGUACGAGAGUCAGCAGUACACACACAAGCAGAGUUUCACACCCCGUUCACUUCCGUGUGAGCGGUGUGUGUGUCUGAGUGGGAGUGUGACCUGCAUGCCUCACUCUUGUCCUGUUCUCUCCUGCCUCAAUCCACACACACCACCUGGACAGUGCUGCCCCGUCUGCAAAGUGUGUUCUCAGUAUGGGGUGGAAUAUGCAGAGGGUCAGACAUGGAACCCUGGAAGUGACCCUUGUCAGAAGUGCACGUGUGCCUUUGGUGAGAUAGUAUGUGUGGGUCCUCAGUGUCCUGCUUUGACCUGCACAAACCAGUUAACGGAUCCAGAUUCCUGCUGUCCUCGCUGCAAAGGCUGUGUGUAUAAAGGCGUGGAGCACCGUGAAGGCAGUGAGUGGUUUGACUCGGGGUCCCCCUGCAUGUCCUGCAUGUGUGUCGAAGGAGUGACCACUUGCUCAGAGCUACGCUGCAUCUCACCCUGCACACACACCAUCAAUGUACCGGGAGAAUGCUGUCCAGUCUGUGCAGAUUGUAUCUAUGACAACAAAGUGUAUGGACCAGGAGACACCUUCAACCCUGCAGAUGAUCCCUGCCAGAUCUGUGUUUGUGAGGUAAUGCCAGAUGGGGAACAGCAUUUGCGUUGCAUCAGGAAACAGUGCCCCAGUCUGGUUGACUGUCCAAAGGAAAACAUCCACUUCACCUCGGAUUCAUGCUGCCCUGUUUGUGCGCAGCCCCUCAGUAACUGCACUGCAACACUAAUCGGGAAUGAAGUUUUGGCUACAGACGAUCCCUGUUUCACAUGUCAAUGCAAGGACCUGACAUGGACCUGUAUCCACCAGACGUGUGUGCCCCUCACCUGUCCUCCCCAGGAGCAGUACACCCCCCCAGACUCCUGCUGUGCCGUCUGUGAUGAUUGUCUGAUUGAAGGAGGAAGGGAGAGAGUUUCAAAUGGACACAGCUGGACAGACAGUACCAACGAGUGCAUAACCUGCACCUGUAAUCUGGGCUACAUCGAGUGUGAGAUAGAGGAGUGUGUCCUACCGGUGUGUGAUGAUGGUUGGGUGAGCGUCAAGCCGCCUGGGAAGUGCUGCUACGAGUGCCAAGAUUCAGGAGCAUCAUGUGAGUACCAGGGUGAAGUGUAUGUGAGUAAUGAGCAUUGGGAGGUUGAUGAGUGCACCAGCUGUACGUGUGUAUCAGGAGACGUACACUGCCAAACAGAGAGAUGCCCCCCAACCAACUGUGCAGCUGAUGAGACCCCUGCUCUGAUCCCUGGGAUGUGCUGUCCACACUGCCUGCCCCACCCGGCCACCUGCAUCGUCUUCGGGGACCCCCACUACCGGACCUUCGAUGGCAGGAUGGUUAACUUCCAGGGCGCCUGCACCUACGUGCUCACUGAGGACUGUCACGGGGGAGACUUCAGUAUUCACGUCACCAAUGAUGCACGUGGUCGAAAGGGUGUGUCUUGGACCAAAGAGGUGACCCUGUUCAUCGCUGACAUCACCGUUAGCCUAUUGCAGAACUGGGUUGUCAUGGUGGACUCUAAGGUGGUCACCCUACCUUACCUGAGAGAGCCGUAUGUUUAUGUGGAGCGUAAAACCAACACCAUUCUCCUGAACACUAACAUCGGCCUGAAGGUGCAGUGGAAUGGUCGUUCCCACCUGGAGGUCAGUGUUCCGGGGACGUAUAAGAAACACACCUGUGGUCUGUGUGGGAACUUCAACAACUACCCGCAGGACGACCUCCGACUCCGCAACGGACAGCUCACCUCCUCAGAGGCCGCCUUCGGCAACAACUGGAGGGUGGACAGUCUGAACUCCAGCUCAUCGUGUGUGUUAGAAGCCCAGGACGUGAACCCGUGCAAGUCUGCCGGUUAUUCUGCUCGCAAAUCUGCCAAUUCUCGCUGUGCCGUUCUGAAGGGUUCCAUGUUCGAGAAGUGCCAUAAGGUGGUUCCACCGGAGAUGUUCUACGCGGCAUGUGUGUAUGACCUGUGCGCGUGCGGAGCCAACAGCGAGGAGUGUUUGUGUGAUGCGCUCGAGGCGUACGCAUCAGAGUGCAGGGAGGCCAGUGUCAUACUGCAGUGGAGGUCAUCCUCACUGUGUGCGGUGGGCUGCCCAGUGGACCGUGGCUUUGUGUUUGACGAGUGUGGCCCGCCUUGUGCUGUGACGUGUGUGACGCGUGACGUGCCCCUGGGCGUGAUCGAGGCCCAGUGCUUCAAGCCGUGUGUGCCAGGCUGCCAGUGCCCUGCCGGCAGAGUUCUCCAUGACAACCACUGCGUCCGCCCUGACAAAUGCCCCAAUAUAAUACACAACACCAACUAAUGCACGCACACACACACACACACACACACACACACACACACACACACACACACACACACACACACAUACACAUACAUACACAUACAGCACAAACUCACAACAUACCCAAUAUUAUCUAACACGAACACAUACACAAAACACCACCUCACACACACACACACACACAUAUACAUGCACAUACUAUACAAACACACUCCCACAAAGAUACAGUUUAUCUGGACAUUCACCUAUAGGACAUAUUCCACCACUAACAGUAGCAGAUACACGCAUACACAACAACUGCUCUAACAGACGUGAAGAUACAGUAAAGUGACUGAUUUGAAAUGGUGCUAUGUUAUCCAGCCAGCUGACUGGUCUUCUGUAAAAUACAGUAAUAUGGGACACACAAGCCUCUGUAUCUGUUGUCUAAGAGAGUGUGCUAAGACUUCUGGGAUGGUGGAGGACCAAAGACUAUUUGAAUUCACAAUUCACUUAGCUAUAUUCAUGUAUAAUAUUAUUUUUUGAUUUAAAUGCCAGUUGUAUUUUGUAUUUUAUUUUUUAUUUUGUGUAUCAGUGCCUCAUGUCUAUUGUGUGCUGUAUUGUAUGAUAUUGUAUUGCGUAUUGUGUGUGUGUGUCUUUUGUACUGUACGUAUUUUAUAGCAACAGCACUAUAUUUUUGGGAACAGUGUAAAAGGUGCACCAGCAGAAUUACUGUAUUGUUACGCAGAACUAUGUUUCCAAAUACACUGAAACUUUUACAGAA